UUCCAACCACUGCCACUACUACCACUAAUCUUUGUCUCAAAUUUUUCUCUUUCAUAACAACAAAGAAAAAAAGGGUAAAAAAAGGAGAGAAUUUUGAGAACAAUGGAGGCAUUGAAGAUGAAUGUUUUCGUAGUAGUUAUGGUUGCUAUGUUGGUAAUGGUAGCUAGUGGUGUUUCAGCUGCUGAUGCACCAGCUCCAAGUCCUGUUUCUGAUGCAACUACACUAUUUGUUCCAACUGCUUUUGCUUCUCUCAUUGCUCUUGCAUUUGGCUUUCUCUUUUGAUCCUUAAACUGUCUCUUGUUUAAGGUUUCAUGUGGAGUAGUUUGAUUUGUGCAGAGGAUGUUGUGUUUCUCUUUUUUUUUUGCUUCACUUGAAUUGGGGAAUUUGGUGGAUUCAUUUGUGAGGUAGAGAAAAUGAAGACACGUACGAGAUAUUUUGAUUUCGUUUGUUGUAUGUAUGGAUUAUUAAUUUAUCAUUCAUAUAUUCUUAUUCUUAUGUAAUACAUUCAUUUGUCAUUGUACUUUUUUAUGAGUUGUGACAUGUAAUGUAAUAUUGUUGUGAUUUGUUUGAUCCCAUUCAUUUGACUGCC